AUGGGAAAGAUGAACUACUUCCUUGGAUUGCAAAUCAAGCAACUAAAAGACGGAAUCUUUAUCAACCAAUUAAAAUAUUGCAAAGAGCUGCUAAAAAUAUUUGAAAUGGAUGGUUGUAAAGCAAUGUCAACACCAAUGGGCUCCGGAACCUAUGUUGAUCAAGACGAAUUGGGCUGUAAAACAGAUAGAAAAAACACUAGUGGAACGUGUCACAUCCUUGGUAAUGCUCUAGUAUCAUGGUCCUGUAAGAAACAAGCGUGUGUUGCUCUUAGUACGGCUGAAGCAGAAUACAUAGCAGCGGGCAGUUGCCGUGCACAGAAUCUUUGGCUAAAGCAACAAUUAAGUGACUAUGGAAUCGAUCUUGGAUGCAUACCACUCCGAUGCGACAACACAAGUGCAAUUAACAUCACAAAGAAUCCGGUCAUGCACUCGAGGACCAAACACAUAGACAUUCGACACCAUUUCCUUCGCGAUCAUGUACUUAAAGGCGAUGUCGAAGUUACCUUUGUCGAUACUCACAAUCAACUGGCGGAUAUUUUCACAAAACCACUCGCAAAAGAACCAUUCUAUAAGAUUCAAAGAGAACUUGGCAUUUUGGAUGAAGGUGACAUAUAA